AUAUAAAUACCAGGGUUGGGAAGGAGAGAGAUACUAACAAAGAGGGAGCUGCCAUCAGCUGUUUGACACAGAGGGAAGAGCAACCAAUAGGACAUUUUGGUGCCUCUCCAGCCUCUGUUGAUGGCUCGCAGUGCAAUUGCAACAUCCACUAAUCUUCUCCGGGAAGUCAAGAACAGGCAAAGCUCGAACCUUAUGCGACAGGUGCAACCUGCAGAAGCAAGGUCAGCAGACACAGCUUUGUGGGUGCCACACCCAAGGACAGGGAUCUACUACCCCAGGGGCUUCGAGUGGGUCAUGGAGGAUGUCCCAAGCAACGCAGCAUCUUUCCAGCAGUCAUAUUGGCUCAGGAGUGGCGAAGCAGAGACAGCAAGCUCUCCCACAUCGAACAACACCACCGCAUUUGAUCAUCCAUUUGUGUGAAUGCAUGAGAGGCUUUGCACUGGAAGAAUCCUUGAUAGCUGCAGUUGUACAACUCGCCACCAUUGUUGCAAGGCCCAAAAGUUAUUAUGAUACACCAGUUGUUCAGACUUCAGAUUCCCAGUGUCUAGGGACCGCAUGCACCAACAGAUCAGAAACAAACCCUGCCUUUAGUUUCUCUGUUGAUUUGGCAUUUCUGUGGUUUCUACUAAAAUAAAAUUGCAACUGGUUUUAAUAUCUGGAACACUCUGAGCUAACAGAUUUAACUUUUAA